AACGUAUCUGUGGAAGAUGGCUCAGUGGAUCUCUGUGAUUCUAAUCUUUGCUCUGUGUUGCAAUGUGGCGUUUCACCCUGGAUGUGCAGGCAUCGACGUUGCCAUCAACAACCGCACUACCGACCAUAAACUCAGGCUGAACGUCUCGGACGCGGUGUCGUUGAGGUGUCAGGUGAUUAACGCCACGCGGGACGAGGAGCUGGUCUGGCUGUGGGGAGACAGAGUGGUUGACCUGCAGCCCACCAACCGCAUCAAUGUCAGCACCCUGUGUAUCGACCCAGUCACGACUGAUGCCGACGCCGCCACUGUCAGCUGCCACGUCUUCAGCAACUCCACGCUCAAGAGGAGCGUGCUUCUGGAUAUCAGAUUCGUCCCUGUUUUGAGUUGGGAUGGUGAUGAGCACGUGGACGUGUACAUGGGGCAGGACGCAACACUGACCUGUAACGUCAAGUCGAACCCAGUGGCAGUGAUGUCGUGGUCCAAGGAUAAUGAGUCGCUGAGACUGGAGGCAGGUAGACAUGACGUACACCAGGACAGCGGAGCUUUCACACUGACCAUCAGGAAGGUGCAGAACGCGGACAAUGGGACGUACCUUUGCAGGGCCGAUUCCACCCUUGGAAGUGGACAUCUGACCUUCCAUCUCAACGUGAAAGCUAAACUAGAUGAGGUGCCAUUCGAGCCCAUCGUUGCUGGGGUGCUGGUCGCCUUGCUGACCGGCCUCUUCGGAGUCGUCUCACGGAGAAAGAAAAUUAUGGAGUGUUGUAGAACGGAUACAAACGGCAACUCAGGCAUGGAAGAUCAGUAG